AUGUCCCCCAUUCAGUCGAUUAGUAGCGCCAUCGCCAACAGCCUCACGCUACAGCUUGUAGUGAUUGCUGGUCUCAUUCUUGCUGUGCGCUCAUCUCCUUUCUGUGGAAAUGUGGUAAUUGCUAACGGGCGAAUGAAGUAUCCCAUCGGUUCGAUUGUCCAUAACAUUUAUUUUCACCCCUUGUCCAAGUUUCCAGGUCCAAAAUCAUGGGCAGCUACGUAUCUGCCGUACAUUAGAGGCAUAGUUACUUGCAACCUGGUCCAAUCCUUUGCAGAAAUCCAUCAAAAAUACGGCGACGUCGUUCGCGUUGGCCCUAAUGAGAUUUCCAUUGCAUCUGAAGAAGCCUGGAGAGAGAUAUACGGGCAUAGACCAGGCCACAAGGAAGCGCUAAAAGACGCAACUUGGUACAUUGCACCAUCUGGAGCACCCCAAAAUGUCUUCACCACGCCUGACCCAGCGGUGCGCGCUCGAAUGAGAAGAUGCCUGAGUAGUUCAUUCACCCAAUCUGCGAUAAGCAACCAGAGUUCCAUCAUCGAGAGCUAUGCAGAUCUCCUUAUUACCCGCUUACGUGAAAUGACAUCGGCUCCCGACUCGGCACAAAAAGGGGCAGUGGUCAACAUGGGCGACUGGAUCAGCUUUUUCACUUUUGACGUGAUUGGCGAUCUCGCGCUUGGCGAAACAUUCGGUUGCUUGCAAAAUGGUGAAUACCAUGACUGGGUGCGAAGCUUGUGUACCUUCCUGAAGGGAAUGACUUUCGCGGGAGUGGCUAGAAUAUACCCGUGGGUAGGAUCUUUUGUUGAGAGAUUUCUCAUCCCACGCAGUGUCAUGGACCAGCAAAAGCAGCAUGUCGAGUUUGUGUCGGAAAGGGUCAACCGCCGUCUGAACCUCGAAACCACCCGCCCCGACUUCAUGACGUCGUUCUUGAAGGAUAACCACGAUUUCGAGAACAUGUCAAGGGGCGAGAUUGAAUCCAACUUUGCCAUUCUUAUCAUUGCUGGGUCAGACACGACUACUAUUACAAUGUGCGGAACGCUUCAUUGCCUAACGAGAAAUACUGAUAAGCUGGCCGUCUUGGAGGAUACUAUUCGGAAGCGGUUCCAGAGCGAAAAAGACAUUACUGUUGAUGGAACUAAAGAUAUACCGUACUUGGAUGCAGUCAUUGAGGAGGGGCUUCGGCUAUGUCCUGCAAUUCCAGCCCUCCUGCCACGUGUUGUCCCUGCCGGCGGCGAGACAUACUCUGGUCAUUAUCUCCCCGGAGGGACGAAAAUAUCGGUUAGGCCGGCCAUUCUUCAUACAUCAGCUCGAUAUUUUGAAGCGCCGCACGAGUUUCAUCCAGAGCGCUGGUUACCCGCAGAUCAACGCCCUGGACAAUUCGCCAGUGAUAACCAUGCCGCUAGUAGGCCUUUUAGUGUAGGGCCGACGGGAUGUGCCGGCAAGGGGCUGGCUUGGGCCGAAUUGAGACUCAUUAUUGCCAGGCUGGUGUGGGCAUUUGAUAUGUCGGUUGAUCCGGACCACGCUCUCGACUGGACCAAGUGGAAAGCUAGAAUAGUAGUCGAGAAGGGCCCUCAGUUUCUUCGACUAAAACAAAGACCUUUAUGA